AUGGUCCCCCUUCCUCCUUGCUUUCGGUUUUCAAUAUCUCUGAUUACAACUAUUCAUGGUCUAUAACAAACAAGUAUAUUUUCUUCAGAUUAAUUACUUUGCGCCAAACUCUUUGCAGAUUAAUUAGGGGUUGAACCACUAAAGUUAGCUUGCUAAGAUACAUGUCCAAACUUUGCAAAAGUAAUUUUCAGUUUUAGUUCGGCAAGACCUAUGUUUUUUUCUUGUUUUGUCAACUUCAAAACCUAUGUUAAGAUAUUGAUGUAAUUCUAGAUAUUAAAUUAAGUAUAUCUAAGCUGAUAAAAUUCAGCGGUCCAAGCUUAAUAAUAAGUUUCUACUCCACAAACCUGAAGCAGAGCUCAAAAGUUUUUUUUUUUUUUUUUUUUGCUAAAAAGCAGAGCUCAAAAGUUACUCAUGGAUUUUCUCAAAGAAAAAACUACUCAUGGUGGUGAAAUGAGUUUAACCAAUUCAUAUUCGUUGUGUGCUUGUUGGGUUUUGCUUUGAAAAGUGAGCAACUAGGGUUCAAACAUUUUCAAUGCGAUAUCAUUUUUGCUGAAAAUGAUUACAUGGUAAUAAAACUCGGUUGCUUAACAUAUUCUGCAAAAUAGUUUAGGUUUCGUACAAAAAAAAUUGCAGCUACAAAAAAAGAAGUUAAAAUGAGUUUCAUGAAUUCAGUUGUACUAAGAUAAAAGCAAAGCAGGUAUAUAGUGAAAGAAAAAGAAAAUCCAAAAUAUUUUCCUCGAUAAUAGACAGAUAUCAUUUGCUCAGUGACAAAAGAUUUAAGCCAAGCUACACGGAAGAAAAUGGUACAAUACUUUUCCUUUUUAUCGCAAUUCGUAUCAAUAUCUUAUCAUACCUUUGCCGUCAACUCCUACCAUCUUUAUUCUUAAAACGAUAGAGCUUUUCGUUGUCACAGUGAAUCUUAUUACUAUGUUACUACUUUAGACCUAAUCCCACACUUUACCACCAUCAAAUUAUUGGUAGCUAAAAGAAUAUAUAAUAAAUUUUAAAAUAAUGGCUACAUGAAUACAUUUCAAACAUUCAAACACACACAUAGUAUUACAUACCCAAACGCCAAACCCUUAUUUUUCAUUAUUGAGAUAACAUAACACUCAACACAAGAAAGAUCGUCAACGCUGAGAAAUCAUCUUUCCUUUCUUCAUCUUUCCCUCUCUGAAACAGAAGAUUUUUUUAAAAGAAAACGAUGGCGUUUCAUCACAAUCAUUUCAAUCACUUCACCGACCAACAACACCAGCCUCCUCUUCCUCCGCCGCCACAGCAGCAGGAACACCAUUUCCACGAAUCCACACCGCCUAACUGGCUCCUCCGCUCCGACAACAACUUUCUAAACCUCCACACUCCCGCCUCCGCCGCCGCAACAAGCUCUGAUUCUCCUUCAUCCGCCGCCGCUAACCAGUGGCUCUCUCGAUCCUCCUCCUUCCUCCAACGCGGCGGCGGCGGCGCCAACAACAAUAACGUCGGUUCUGGUGACGCCAUGGAAAACGUCGCCGGCGGAGAGGAGUCGAUGAUCGGCGAGAAUGCGAGACACAAGGCGGAGAUACUCUCUCAUCCACUAUACGAGCAGCUGUUGUCGGCACACGUGGCGUGCCUGAGGAUCGCAACGCCGGUGGAUCAGCUUCCGAGGAUCGACGCACAGCUCGCUCAGUCGCAGAACGUCGUGGCUAAGUACUCAACGUUAGACGCUGCUUCUCAAGGACUCAUCUCCGGUGAUGAUAAGGAGCUUGACCACUUCAUGUCGCAUUAUGUACUAUUGCUGUGCUCUUUUAAAGAACAACUACAACAACAUGUUCGUGUCCAUGCAAUGGAAGCUGUUAUGGCUUGUUGGGAGAUUGAGCAGUCUCUUCAAAGCUUCACUGGAGUGUCUCCUGGUGAAGGCACAGGAGCAACAAUGUCCGAAGACGAAGAUGAGCAAGUAGAAAGUGAUGCUCAUUUGUUUGAUGGAAGCUUAGAUGGGUUGGGGUUUGGUCCUCUUGUCCCCACUGAGAGUGAGAGAUCCUUGAUGGAACGAGUUAGACAAGAACUCAAACAUGAACUCAAGCAGGGCUAUAAGGAGAAAAUUGUAGACAUAAGAGAGGAGAUAUUGAGAAAGAGAAGAGCUGGGAAAUUACCAGGAGACACCACCUCGGUUCUCAAAGCUUGGUGGCAGUCUCAUUCUAAAUGGCCUUACCCUACUGAGGAAGAUAAGGCGAGGUUGGUGCAGGAGACGGGUUUGCAGCUCAAACAGAUAAACAAUUGGUUCAUCAAUCAAAGAAAGAGGAAUUGGCAUAGCAAUCCAUCUUCUUCCACCGCCUCAAAGAACAAACGCAGAAGGUGAAAAUAGCGGAAGAGAGCGUUGAAGUCAGUUUGUAGCUGUGCAUGGAAAGAUCCAAUAGCUUGAUAGAAGGUUGGAGAUGCAAAGAUAAAACUCCUACACAAAACCAGCGUAGAAAGUAUUUUUGUGACUUCAUAUGUUGUAUUAGGGAGCACAAAAACCCCAAAAGACCAAGAAGUAGAAGCAUGAUUUGUAAUAUGAGGCUAAGAUGGAAUUUGUGAUAGGAUCGUUACUACCAUCCCCAUUAUUAUCAUGUCUUGUGAAUAACAAGGAGUUUCUCUUUUAACAUUUGUGCAAACUGAUUAAUAUUAGACGUACUAAUAUAUUA